AUGUUUCGAUACAAUAACCCCAACGCCAUCCCCAGCUGUGGCGUCUACAUCAUUACCGACGACAACAUCAAGUAUCUUCCCAUCGCGUCUCUUGAUGUGCACACUUCCAUCGUCGCCUCAACCUCGCGAACAGUCCUGACGCAGACAUUUGUCACCACAGGUACCUCUCUCAAGAAUGUGAAAUACGUCUUCCCCAUGUAUGACGGUGUCUCCGUGGUGGGAUUCGAAUGCACCAUCGGCUCGCGCGUUAUCAAGGGCGUUGUGAAGGAGCGAGAAGAAGCCAAGCAGGAAUACCAGGCUGCUGUAGCAAGUGGUAGAAUAGCGGGCUUGAUCGAGCGGUCCUUGGAGGCAUCCGACGUCUUCAGCACCUCGCUCGGCAAUAUUCCCAGCCGCGCUAAGAGUGUCAAGGUUGAGAUUACGUAUCUUGGAGAGCUGAAGCAUGAUGCUCAGGUGGAUGGACUGCGCUUCACCAUCCCCACCAGGUUGGCUCCGCGAUAUGGGCAGCAUUCCAUGACUGGUAGCAACACUUUUCAAGGUGGGAAACACAUCACCAUCACGGUUGAUGCCGACGUUUCCAGUGGUUCGGCCAUCAAGAGCAUUCAGUCGCCGUCCCAUCCAAUUUCUGUCAACAUUGGCACCCUUUCUACCGCGACAUCCGACCCGCCAUCUCUACAGAAAGCCUAUGCGACUCUGUCCCAAGGGUCAGCAGAGCUAGACAGGGACUUCAUCAUCCAGAUUGUCGCUACCGGUCUCGGUGAUCCCAUGGCGGUCCUGGAAACGCACCCGACAAUUCCAAACCAGCGGGCUUUGAUGGCGACGCUUGUUCCCAGAUUCAACUUGCCCAUGGAAAUGACUGAGGUUGUCUUUCUGUGCGAUCGAAGCGGAAGCAUGGGGGGCGGAAACAAGAUUCCCAACAUUGUUAAUGCGUUGAAGAUUUUUCUAAAGUCUUUGCCUGUUGGAGUCAAGUUUAACAUUUGCAGCUUUGGAUCACGCUAUGAAUUCUUGUGGGAACGAUCCAUGACAUACGAAGAAGGGACAUUGGAAACAGCUAUAAGCUAUGUCAGUGGGUUCGCAGCCAACUUUGGCGGUACAGAAAUGUACCAUCCAAUGGAGGAUGUAUUCAAGCGACGAUACAAAGACUUGAACCUCGAAGUGAUUUUGCUCACUGACGGAGAGAUUUGGAAUCAGGGAGACCUGUUCAGACUCAUCAAUACUGAGGUUUCUGAAAGCAAAGGUGCUGUGCGUGUCUUCACUCUGGGUGUGGGAUUAGAUGUCAGCCAUGCCCUGAUUGAAGGCGUCGCUCGUGCAGGCAAUGGCUUUGCUCAGACGGUGGGAGAGAACGAAAAGAUGGACAGGAUGUUGAUCCGAAUGUUGAAGGGGGCUCUGACGCCUCACAUUACGGAUUACUCUCUUGAAAUCAAGUAUGAUAACAAUGAUGGUUCGGCAGAAGAGAAUGAUGACGACUUUGAAGUUAUCGAAAGGGUUAUGGACGCGAUAACCUUGGAAGUCCCCUCCUCAGGACAGGCGGAAGAAAGUCGCAUUCAAGAAGCCCAGCAGCCUAUAUCUCUGUUUGAUCAAAGCGUUUCAGACAAGGACUUGGAGAUGCCUAAUACCUCUAAUUCAGUCAAGGGGAAACUUCCACCCUUGACCGUCCCUCGAUAUCUUCAAGCCCCAUUUCAAAUCCCACCUCUUUUCCCUUUCACUCGCACGAGUGUCUAUGUCUUGCUCUCAGACUCGACACCAGAUCGUCAGCCUAAGAGUGUUAUACUCAAAGGCACAUCUGUCCAUGGUCCACUGUCACUGGAAAUCCCCAUUGCGACUCUUACGGAGAGAGGUACCACUAUUCAUCAAUUAGCAGCACGAAAGGCCACCGGAGAGCUUGAAGAUGGUCGCGGUUGGAUAUUCCACGUCAAGAACCAAGAUGGCAAGCUUUUGCAAGAGCAGUUUGACGGUCAAUUCAGUGACAUGGUGAAGCGAGAGGCGGUCCGCCUGGGGACGCAGUAUCAAGUCAGCGGCAAGUGGUGCUCAUUCGUGGCCAUCCAGGAUACUGAUAGAAAUGCCCACACGGGGGAAGAAGGCGAAGAGAAUGACGAUGAUGGCGACGAAGAAGAUGAUGGAGAUGAAGAGACGGACGAGUUUGAGGAGAUCUCGUUUGAUGAAAUCGCAGCUCCAGAAGCCGCUGCUCGGAAAAGGAAAGCUCGCCGGGCUCAAGGCAAGGCUCUAGGCAAGGCGGCUGUUGCGGCAUCUCCUCAACGGGGUUUUGCCGCAAGAGUGGCCCGAAAGUCCGCAACGUCCGCCGAUUCAGGGGUUAAACGGCAAAAGGUUGCCUCUCAACCCAAUCAACGAGCACAGCAGCUAAUGUUACAGCAGCUACCUAGUCAACAAGCACAUCCGCUAAUUGCACAGCAACAAGGGAUAAUGCCACAUGGGAUGCAACAGAUGAUGCAACAGGGGGCUGUACCACAGAUGGCGGGUGGUAUGCCAGCUCAAGCUCUAAUGCUACGGCAGGCUCAGGCACAGGCUCAGGCACAGGCACAGGCACAGGCUCAGGCACAACAGACGCAGAGUCAAGCAGGGAGGCCGCCACAGACAAGCAAUGGUAGUUCUUUGUUUGGAAGUUCUGCUCCCAUUCCUUCUUCUGGGGGCUUGUUUGGUAGUUCUACUACUCCUUCUACUUCUGGUGGGUUGUUCGGUUCUGCGAACGGUUCUGGUCCAGCGACUGGUGGUUUGUUAGGCGCUGGAACGUCGUCUCCCAUGCCAUUUGGUAACUCGUUCAACGCAUCUGGUGGUUUAUUCGGUUCUGCAAAUAGUUCUCCUCCAGCGACUGGUGGUUUGUUCGGCGGGUAUGCUUCUACUUCUUCUUCUGGUGGCUUGUUUGGCAGAUCUAACCCUUCCCAUUCUAGUGGUUUGUUCGGCGCUGGAACAUCAUCUUCCAUGUCAUUUGGUAACUCUAAUAACGCAUCUGGUGGCAUUGGUAGCAGCGGAAAUGAUGUGCUGUCAACGCUGUCUGCUUUGCAGACAUUCGCUGGCAAUUGGCAAUGGAGUCCAAGUCUCGAAGGUAUUUUGGGCAUCGCACCGCUGGCUGCCUCUGUCAAGAUUGAGUUGCCUGGCCAGUAUACCCAACACAUGGAUGUGUUGGCAACGCUUUGUGCUGUGGUAUUUUUGAAGAAGAAGUUGGCGUCUGAAAAGGACUCUUGGGAGCUGCUUGUGCAAAAAGCAGAGGAUUGGCUGAGGGCCCAAACAGGGGCAGACGUGCUGGAGUUGGAGAAGCAGGUGGAGCAAAAGUUGUGGCCAGCCUACUAG